UCAACUUGGAACACUCCCGGUUUCCCUCGCCCUCCCCGGGCUAUAUGAGCCUGGGGAAAAGAAUUUUUUUUGGUGCAGUUCCCUCGCCUUUGAUUCCAGCCACAGGAGACGUCGGAUGCUCAGGUCUUCAGCCCUCUGCCUCCAAACGCCUUAUAAACAGCAGGUUCCGUAUUAGAGUGAAGGGCAGCAGAAAGCCCCACAUAGAGAAAACGAAAGAAUUGUCCCUUGAUUCUUCCACUCUGCAACUCCAGUCACCAUGAAGACUUUUCUCGGACUCCUCCUUCUCUCAGUGCUUCUAAUUUCAGGUUCCUCUUUGGAGUGUGACACAUGCAUGGCUCAAGCCAAUGACUGCACUGGAAAGAAACAGCCCUGUUCUUCUGGCCAAGAUCGUUGCCUUGAUGCACUGACUGUAUUCACAAUGGAUGCACCAAGUCCAUCAAAAAUAACCAGCAGAGUGAAAUCCUGUUUUACUAAGAUCGAAUGUGAGAAAUUAAAACCUGGGAGCUCAGUGAACUUUGGAAUGGUUGGGGCCGUUCUUAAAAAUAUUGAAUGCAGCAGAGCCCCGGUGAUAUCAGGAUCCUUCUUCCUGGCUCUCUCUAGCUUCCUGUUUUUGAAGUUGCUCUGGUAAGAGGCCCCUCUGCCAGUGACACAGCCCUGAAAAAUACUUCCUCCUCGCUUCUAUGCAAUUUUCUUUAGAAUCCUGUUAUCCAAUCCUUUACAGAGAUUUGUGUCUGCUUCCCUUUUUAUGUGCAAAUUAAAUGACACAAUGUUCUGUUUUUAUAUGUAAAGUUUAAAGCUGUAUCAAGUAUCCAGUUAACUACAGCCUCGCAUUAAAAACAAACUAUGGAAAGAAAGACAAGAAGCGUAAACGAAUCUUAAAGUACAAAAAACAGUUGUCAACAUGGAUGUCAUUGUAUUUGUUUCCAAAGGUCAAUAAACAGUCUUCAAAAGUU